AUGGUAACUGUUUUAAUUAUCUUCAACAGAUUUGAAGCUUUGAAGAAAGACACUAUUGGAUUUCCUUUAAUAAGGUUAAUGACGUUUACUGAGGAUAUUCACUUUUAUUGCAAUAGUUUUAAGCUAAGGAGUUAAGUAAAGUACUCCCUGUUAGAUGAAAGAGCAAUAUAAUUUUACUAGUUUAUUUAACAAAGUAGUGGUUGCUCCUUAAUUUAUACUAAAUUUUUAGUAUUUUUUAUUACUGCAAAAAUUAAUAGAGAAGGCUGGCUUUUAUUAAUCUAAAAUAUAUUUGAUAUUAUUAUCCUUAUCUCGCUAUCAGUAAAUAUUUUUGUUAAUACUCUUAAUAAGUACUUCGAUUUCUCUAGGGUUUUUUAAGAUUAGUUAGAUUUGUAAUUCAACAAAAAAGAAUUUGGUAUUUAAUUCUUACUCUCUUGUCUCAAUUUUGUUGUUUUUAUGUAGAUGAUCAAGCAGAAUUGUAAAAUAGACUGGUUUUCUUUUUUUUACAUUUUUGUCCUAAUCCAAAUCAUUAUAUCAUGCAGAUAUCAUUUAAAAGAACGUCUCAGCACAUUUACUUAAAAUCCACUCAUCGAAAAAUUUGUGUAUCAUUUUGAUAUAGAUGGGUAGAUUUUUAUAAAUGAUCAUAAAUCAGUUGGGUAUGUUGUCUUAUUAAAAACAGGCAAGCAUUCAUUAAUAUAAAAAACAGUACUACUGCUGUGCUAUGCGAUAAUGUUAAAAGACACUAAGAAAAUUUCUUAUUUAUAAUGGUCUAUUCUUAUACUUGGUGUAACUGCAGCAUUGAUUUCAUUAAUUAGAGUAUUAAUUUAGGAAUCAAAAAAAUAUUAAGAGGUGUAACAAUCUGAGGGUAUUUUUGAAAUAGAUUGCUUAUCUUAAUUAAAUGAAUCAAACGAAAUCUUUGAAAAUUAUAUUUAAUAGAAAAUUAAUCCACAAUUCUAUAAAAUCUACUUUUACGUUCAACUAGAGCCACAAAAUGAAAGUGAAAUAAUACAUUGUUUGUUUAACUAAUUUAAAGGAGCCUAAAUUAUCUCUAAGUCAUUUUCGAGAUAAUACAUCGCAGGAAAAGAGAAUUUAGUUAUCAUAAGAAUGGACAGUAUCUAUAAUACUUCACAGAUUUAAGAAGAUAUUCUUUCGCUUCAACAAAAACAAUAAUAAUAAUUAAAGAAAAAAAUAUCAAUAGUAUAAAUCAAUAAAACAGAUCAUAGCUUCAUCUAAUUUGAAUAACUAUUUAGAAACCAAGGAUAAGACAAUUAAAUUAUUUUGUUACAAACUGAGUCGAAGUAAAGAUUAUUUUAAAAUAAUUAACAAUAAAAAUACGACGAACUCAUAUGUAAAUUAUAUUAAGUUUUUAUGCAAUCAAUUGCAUAUUAAGAAAAUAUCUCCCCUCUAUUAACUUACAAUCCUUAAUUUAUAUUUUUUGACCUAUUUGAUAAUAACUGA